AUGGAUGAUGCCAACAACUUCUACUCAGAGAUCACCCCAAACACCUUUGAAUACUUGAUGAGCUUCUACCUUGGCACUCCAAACAAGAAGAUCCUUGCCAUUGCCGACACAGGCAGUGACCUCAUAUGGGUCCAAUGCGCCCCCUGUAAUGAAUGCUACCAACAAACUACCCCUCUUUUUGACCCACAAGCUUCUUCUACAUACAAAACAAUCGCUUGUAAUACCGACUCAUGCUCGACACUACCACAAAGUAGUUGUGGCGCAUCCUCUCAGUGCUAUUAUCAAUAUGGAUAUGGUGACAAGUCAAUCGUUGAAGGCUACCUCUCCACGGAGACAAUAGGCUUUGACUCUACCGGAGGUCGUCCAGUACAAAUCCCUACAACUCUCUUCGGGUGCACCCAUCAAAGCAAUGGCACAUUUGACAAGAAUGGUGCUGGCCUUGUUGGCCUCGGUGGAGGAAAGCUAUCACUCAUCCGCCAACUCGGCUCCACCAUUGGCAGCAAGUUUUCCUAUUGCCUGCCCUCAUCAACCCAAACAUCUACAACGAGUCGGCUCAACUUUGGCUCUAAUGCAGUCGUUUCUGGUUCCAACGCUGUUACAACACCCUUAAUCUCCGGUUCUCCAGACACAUUCUACUUCCUUAGUCUCGAGCAUAUUAGCGUGGCUGGAAAGACGGUCACAGUUGGGAAGCCAAUGCAGACAAAGGCGGCCACCCAAGGCAACAUCAUCAUCGACUCUGGCACGACUCUGACACUAAUUGAUGAUAACACACUGCAAUCCGUGGAGAGCAAUGUGAAGAGCAGUGUUAGCCUUCCUCAAGUCACAGAUCCAAAUGGUGUCUUCAACCUUUGCUUUGACGUCUCCGGAAAUGGUGCUUCUGCUAAAUUUCCAGAGAUCACCUUCCAAUUUUCUGGAGCAUCAGUGGUCUUGCAACAGGCCAAUGCAUUUGUGGAGGCUUCUCAAAAUAUCGUGUGCCUUGCAAUCGUCUCCAGUGGGAGCAUUGAGGAUUCUAUCAACAUAUUUGGCAAUAUUGCACAACAGAACUUCAAUAUUGGCUACGACCUCUCCAACAUGCAGCUCACCUUUGCACCGACCAACUGUGCUACACUCUAG